AAUCAUACUCUGGGAAUACUAGCUGCUCUGCUCUGCUGUGCUGUGCUGCUAGGGUUUAGGCGGCGGCGGCGGCGGCGGCGGCUGCGGCUUUCCGAUUCCAAUCCAACAAGAAGAAGAUUCGGAGAGAUUGCCGGCCAUGUCUUCCACCGGUCGCCCCUACGGCCGUCGCGGCGGCGCCGCUCCCUCCUACGUGCCGCGCCCCCGCGCACCCAACCCCUCGCCAUCCGCUCCCGCUCCCGCACGGCCGCCGCAGCAACUGCGUAAACCGGUGUUCACCACCGUGGAGCGGCUGCGGCCCCAGAGCCACGGCCACACCCUCACCGCCCGCGUCCUCUCCGCCCGCAUCAUCCUCGACAACCCUCCUCCCCGCGCUCGUCUCGCUGAGUGCCUCGUCGGCGACAACACCGGCACCGUCCUCUUCACCGCCCGCAACCAACAAGUUGACUUGGUGAAGCCAGGCACCACGGUCAUCUUCCGCAAUGCCAAGAUUGACAUGUUCAAGGGGACCAUGAGGCUGGCAGUUGACAAAUGGGGCCGGAUCGAGGUGACGGACCCUGCCAGCUUUCAAGUUAAGGAAGACAACAACGUGUCGCUGGUCGAGUAUGAGCUGGUGGAUGUCGUCGACGAGGAUUGACUACUUAGACUUUGAUUGGCUCUCGGGCUGUGGACAUAGAUUUUUGAUGCAGCGGUAGCAGUAGGUUCAUCUUAUCCUGGAAAGCUAUUGAAAAGAUUUGGAGCUGGUUAUUACUUAUGUACAGGGGAAGGUUCAACUGAUGCUUUUGUGCAAGACCUGUUCUAUCAUUAGGUUUGGUUUAUGAAAUGUGUUGAUGUUGCCGGUGGUACCUAAAUCUAAAUGUUGGCAAGCCUAGUGGACUUGUUUCUGUCAAUUUAAUGGUAUGGAGUUGGAUCUUGUGUCGCUGAUGGUUCUACAUAUACGAUGAAGAAUAUUUCUGGGAUGUCUUA